AAACAUCACGGAAAAUUUCGAGUACCCUCGAAUAUUCCCGAAAUUACCUAUCACCCAUUUAAGAAAUUUGUACCUUCACUCUAUCAAUCAAUUCUUUUGAUUCUCAGGUAUAUAAGCAAUGGCGAGUGGUUUUGGGGAAUCAACAAGCAUUCCUCCCCCGCGUCAAUCUUGCUCUAGUAGUAUUAAUGCUAAUGAUGCUGGUGAUUUCGAAUGCAAUAUCUGCUUCGAAUUGGCUCAUGAUCCAAUUGUUACACUUUGCGGUCAUCUCUUCUGUUGGCCAUGCCUAUACAGAUGGUUGCACCAUCACUCGCAUUGUCAAGAAUGCCCGGUCUGCAAGGCCCUCAUACAAGAGGAAAAGCUUGUUCCCCUUUAUGGCACGGGCCAAAGCCAGACCGAUCCGCGUUCAAAAUCGUAUCCGGACAUGGAAAUUCCUAACCGCCCAGCCGGGCAAAGACCAACAACUGCUCCACCACCACCCCCAGAAACCAACCAGUUUGCCAAUUAUGGGUUCGGACUAAUGGGCGGUUUUGUUCCGAUGGCAACUGCAAGGAUCGGAAACUUCACGAUGGGUUUUGGGGGCUUAUUGCCGUCCUUGUUCAAUAUUCAGUUUCAUGGAUAUCCAGAUCCUGCUGUGUAUGGAUUCCAUACAUUUCAUGGUGCUCAUGCUCAUGGGUUCCCCCCACCGACAACUCAAGGGCAGCAGGCAGAUAAUGUUUUGAAGAAUCUUCUUUUGUUGAUUGGUGUCUUUGUGGUUCUUGCUCUGCUUUAUUGGUGAAAAUAGUUUUUAAGCCCUCGGCCAGUGGUGGUUAUUUAGUGUCUGUAAAUAUACCAGCAGCACUGGGGAUUACGUUUUUGGCUUGAGAGAAAGUUGUCUAUAUGAUACUGUCAUUUUGUCUCAUUUAGCAUCAAGAACAACUCAAACCGGUGUCUAUUUCUCUUUAUCAAAAAUAAAAAUUAGUGAUAGUUUUCAUUUUCUUCCUC